AUGUGUGAUUCUGCUAAAAGAAUGUACAAAACUCUGACUUUAGCAGAAAAAGUUGCUGUCAUAAGAGAAGUUGAAAAGGGCGUGAAGAAGAAGUCGAAGAUAGCCGAAGAGUUCCAGAUUCCUCGCAAUACUCUUUCGACUUUUCUGAAGAAUAAAGAGAAGAUUAUCAGUGACUUUUCUCAAUCAUCUCAAAGUAGAAAGAGGUGCAGAGGACCAGAAAAUGAAGGCGUGGAAGGAUGUGUCAAGAAAUGGUUCAAGCAAGCUCGUGAUAAGAAAGUUCCAGUGAGUGGGCCAAUUAUUCAAGCAAAAGCUCAACAAUUUGCUAGCAGUUUGAAUUGUCACAACUUCAAAGCUAGCAAUGGUUGGCUGCGCAAUUUUAAGGAUCGCAAUGACAUCGUGAUGAAGGCUGUCUGCGGCGAGAAGGCGAACGUCGAUAUGUCAAAAGCGGAAGAGUGGAUGCAAACGACGCUGCAAGAAAAAAUCAAAGAAGUGGGGCCUAGGAACAUUUUCAACGUUGACGAGACUGCUCUUUUCUACGAGUGCACGCCAAACAAGACUUUCGCCUUCAAGGGAGAAGAUUGCAGCAGUGGGAAGUUGAGUAAACUGCGCGUAACUGUUCUUGUAGGUGCCAACGUGGACGGCAGUGAAAAGCUUCCGCUGCUUGUUAUUGGAAAAUCUGCUAAUCCACGUUGUUUCAAAAACGUCAAAACGAAGCCAUGCGAGUAUCAAGCUAACAAGAAAGCUUGGGUAACUCAAGAUAUUUUUGAAAAUUGGCUCCUUAAGUUGGACAAGAAAUUCUACAGAGAGAAGAGAAAAGUGCUGAUGUUCGUGGAUAACUGCAGUGCCCACAAUUCCAUUCCGGAUUUAGAAAACAUCGAAGUGGUGUUUUUCCCGCCAAACAUGACGUCCGUUCUUCAACCGAUGGAUCAAGGAAUCAUCAACUCUUUCAAGAUUCACUACAGGUCAAUUCUAGUGCGCGAGGUGUUGGACGAGCAAGUUACACUCAGCAAAAACCAAGUGAAGGUCAACAUUCUGCAAGCCUUGAGGAUGUGUGCAGAUGCCUGGCGACAAGUAAGCGCAACGACGAUCAAAAAUGGAUUUAGGAAGGCAGGAUUCAUCCGUGGCGAAGAAAUUUCAAUGAAGUUCGAGGAAAGCAUCCUGGAAGAGGCAAAGCUGGACCAAGAUUUCAUCAACAUCGACCAAAAUGUAGCCAUUUGCGGCGAACUAUCUGAUUUUGAAAUUUUGAACGAGGUCCAAGGAUCUACGGCUGUGGAGUUAUCAGACGACGAAGAAGAAAAUCAAGAGCAGCUUUCAUCCUCAGUAGCUCCAACUCCCAAUGAAGCGCUGGAAUUUUUAGCAAAAUUGAGGGAAUUUGCAGAGUCGCGACAAGACGUUGAUGAAGAUAUUUUCGCAGCGAUCAGCAAAAUCACUCGAUUUGCUUCAAAGGAAAAAAUCGUCAGCAUGAAGCAAUCUAGCAUAGCUGAUUUCUUUACAAAAAAAUAA